AGAAGCGCCGUGGAUUUAUGGUCGCUAUGUGGGGCACGGGGCCAGCACGGCUAGCCAGCUCGAAGUGCCACGACUUCACAGCAGACCACGGCUUCUCCAGCGGAGAGAGGGGGGGAGGAAAGAAGAAACUUCACUAGAUAGCUGGACAUAGAAGUCGCUUCAUCAACGAUUCAAAGCACCUUUUUUAUCCUCUUUUGAGGCCAGCAGACGUAGCUUUACAGCAGCAGGGCAUACCAAAACUGAACAAUGGAUAUCUACGACCCCCAGACUCUCGGCAUCAUGGUGUUUGGUGGAUUCAUGGUGAUCUCUGCUUUAGGGAUUGCUCUGGUCUCCACUUUUUCCAUGAAGGAAACUUCCUAUGAGGAAGCCCUGGCCAAACAGCGCAGGGAGUUAGGUAAGAUACAGAAUGUUCGUUCUGACAAAAAGAAAAAGGACAAAGUUGCGGAGAAGAAGAGCCGUGGGAAGAAGAAAGAUGAAAAGCCUAAUGGAAAGAUCCUAGAGCAGGAAAAGACUGAAGAGGCUGCUGAGGCUGACGCCAAAGCUGAAGUAGACAUGGUCAUCGAGCCUUCUGCUGCCACAGUUGUUGCUGCCGCUGCUCCUGCCCCUGAGCCUGUACCGGCUUUUGAGGAAAAAGCAAGUGCAGCCUCAGUGGCUCUGGAGACACAGCCCAAGGCUGCUGCUGAACCAAGUCCUGUUGCAGAGCCCUCUCCUGCACCCUCUCCCAAAGAGAAAAAGAAGAAGAAGGUGGCAAAGGUUGAGCCAGCCUCAGCCCAGUCAGCUCCAGCGGCGUCUGCUGCCGCACCGGUCAAGUCCUCUGCAGUCCCCGCCGAGUCUGCUCCAACUAAAGCUGCAACCCCAACUUCUGCACCCACCCAAGGAAAGACUAGUCAGCAAUCAACCAAAUCUGCUCCUGCCGCAGCUAAAUCUGCCGCUUCCACUGCCCCCAAAUCUGCCCCUUCCACUGCCCCUAAAUCUGCCCCUUCCACUGCCCCUAAAUCUGCCCCUUCCACUGCCCCCAAAUCUGCCCCUUCCACUGCCCCAAAAUCUGCCCCUUCCACUGCCCCUGCAUCAGCUAAGGCUGCCCCCGCCACGGCCAAAUCUGCCCCUGCACCAGCAAAGUCGACUGCAGCUCCAGCGAAAUCUGCAUCGACUUCAUCCAAGGCUGCUCUGGUGCUGGAGACCGUGACCAAAGAAGUCCCGGUGAUGGCUGUGACCCCAGUGGGUUCUCAGCAGGCCCCGGCUGUUACAACCAAAGCACAGGAGCCCAAGAAGAAGGCUUCCAAGAAAAAAGCAGAACCUGCAGCAGCAGCAGCAGUGGUGGACUCUCCUGACGCGCCGCUGUACCUGCCCUAUAAGGCCCUUGUGUCCACCAUCAGUAGCAUGGUGUUCAGUGAGCGAGAGGCUCACAGGCUCAUUGAAAUCCUCUCUGAGAAAGUGGGGAUCAUUCAGGACACCUGGCACACGGCCACUCAGAAAGGAGACCCCGUGACCACGUUGAAGAAGCAGUUGGAGGAGAGGGAGAAACAGCUGGCAACAGAACAAGAAGAUGCUUCUGCAGUGAAGAACCGCCUGAGAGAACUCACCAAGGAACUGUCUGCUGAAAAGACCAAGGUGGCCAGCGUGGAGACGAGGCUGAGCUCUCAGCUCAGUAAGAGGGAACAAGAAAUGAUCGCCCUCCAAGCUCGUAUGCAGGCCAGCUACCAGGACCAUGUAGCCCAAACCCAGAGGCUCAAUGCAAAGAUCCUGAGUCUACAAGAUCAGCUGGAAAAGGGUCCUAAUGCCCAGCUGGCUCGCCUGCAGCAGGAGAACUCCAUCCUUCGAGAUGCCCUAAACCAAGCUACUAGCCAAGCUGAGAGCAAACAAAAUGCGGAGUUGGCCAAGCUCAGACAGGAAUGCACAAAGUUAACCAAGGAACUUGGAGAGAAGUCAGACAGUCUUGCUGCCGAUGAACACAUCAGAAAAGGAUUGGAGGCCAAGGUCUCUGCCACCGAGAAGCAGCUCUCAGUGUUACAGGCCAGCCAUGCAGAGACUGAGCAAGCUUUGCAGAAGAGACUGGAGGAGGUGUGCGAAGAGCUCAGGACAGCACAGAGUAAAAACAGCGCCCUGCAGGAAACUUUGGACAAGUCCCAGCAGGACAGCAGCACACUCUCAGAUUUCCAAGUACACAUUGAAAAACUUGAGGCUGACAUCAGGGACCACUCCGCUAAAGUGGAGACCCUCACCGCCCAGCUGGAGGAGUCACAGGCGGAGAAAAGCCAGCUGGCGCAGCAGGUGGACACCAUCAAUGCACUGUUGGAGGCCAGUCAGAGCAAAACAGAAGAGGUCAACAAUGAGGAAAAUGCUGCUGAAAUGGAACAACUGAAGCUCAGCCUUCAGGAGAGAGAAAGCCAGCUGACCUCGCUUCAGGAGGAACUGAAGGAACUUCAGACAAAGAAGGAAGAUGCUGAGAACACUGUUGCUGAGCUCAGGCAAAAAAGUGAGAGUGAGGAUGCCAGCCUCGUCUCAUCACUUCAGGAUGAACUCAAAAACCUCAAAGACGAGAUGGAGCAACUUAAAAACACACCACAGUCUGAUAACUCAGCAGAGCUCGAACUGCUACAAAACAGUCUGGCAGAGAAGGACACACUGGUUGCUUCACUGCAAGAGGAACUGAAAGAAGCAAAAGAAAAGACAUCCAGUGAAAACUCCCCAGCAGAGUUGGCAGCUUUUGCAGCCGAAACCAAAGAAACCCUCCAGAAACUCUUCCCUCAGAUUCCUGUAGAAGAAGAGCAGUCUAACUGGCUACAGAUAUUUACACAGAGGGCUGAAGAGGCUCUCAGCCAGCUGAGCCAAGCAUCUCAGUCAAGCACAGCGACGCCCGAACUGCUUGAGAAACUGAAGGAGGCAGAGGAGAGUCACGGUUCUGUGCAGGCUGAGUGUGAACAGUACAGGACGGUCCUGGCUGAAACUGAAGGAAUGCUGAAACAUCUACAGAAGAGUGUGGAGGAGGAAGAGCUGGUGUGGAAGUCUAAGAUGGCAAGCGCAGAGGAACAGCUGAAGGAGGCUUUGGAGAAAGUCGGUGUUCUGGAGGCCGAAAACCAAAGUGUAGGCCAGUUGAAGGAGCAGAUGAUGCUUUUGGAAGCUCAGCUUGAGAAGCAGACGGACAACCAGGUGACCUCAGAGGAGCUGGAGCAGUUGAAGCAGCAGCUGUCUGAGCGUCAGAGCCAGCUGGAGCUGGCCCAGAAGGAGGCCCAGGCACACAAGGAGGAGCUUGAGCAGGUCAAAGAGCAGCUGGGCGAAAUCACGAUGCGGGCCCAGCAAGAGCAGAAUGGCCCAGCUGAGGCUGAUCCCUGUCAGGCCCAGAACGACUUGAGCCAGACGACAGAGAAGCUGCACGAGGAGGCGGCGUCGAGGCAACAGCUCUCGGAAGAGUUUGAGCAGGCCCAGAAGACCGUCGCAGAACUUCAGGCUCAACUGGACCUUUUAAAGGUUUCUGCAGAGUCGGCACAGUCUGAAACCGAAGAUGUAGCUCAGCUCAAGGAGCGCCUGGAGAAGGAGAAGAAGCUGUCCAAAGACCUGGGUCAGGCUGCCACCAAGCUCCAGCAGCUCCUCAAAGCCACUCAGGAGCAGCUGACUAAAGAGAGGGACACUGUGAGGACACUACAGGAGCACCUGGAGGGAAAGGGCGAAUACGUGGAACUAAAGGAGGGAACGUCCGUCUGAGAGGAGGCUCACUGCGGACACUACAAAA